UUACUUUUCUCCUCACUCUCACCAAUCUUAUCAUCUUCAUCUCCGGCAAAACGCUACCUUGUUUCAAAAUCGCGACAGAAGAAGUAGAUAAAUUUUUCAGAACUAAUUGUCACUGUCAGUAUACCAACAUUAAUUUAGGACUUUUGUCCUAAAUGCGCAUUUGUCUUUUAUAGGUUAGAGUAUUUUCCACCGUUGUAAGGUUAAGGUAAUCUAAUAGGUCCUUGUCACUCCACACUUGGUGUUUGGGAGUUUUUAAAGUAGAAGUAAUGACUCAAGAAACAAAAUAUUACACUUAAACAUUGUGUUUCAUAAAGGUUUAUUUUAGUUUAAUCUUGUUGAUCUUGUUAGGCCUAUUUAUUUCUUUGUAAGUUAAAGUCAUGAACUCCAAGUUUGGGUUACUAAGCACAAUAGUGUUGAAGAAAUUUGCCCCGUCAAAUUCCUAUGUUUAUGCUAACACAGCCAGAUGUCUAUGGUCAAAACCUAAGAGGUUUUACAACACAAAUAUUAUCAAAAAGGCUCCUCUCCAGAAUUCAAAAUGGUCAGUUCAUUGCAACUGCAAUGCCAGGGGUUAUCACGCUUCAGCGUUUAGUUCCUCAGUAAUCACCAGGCACUAUUCGUCAACUCCUGAAAAUUCAACUUCAGGGAAUGAACAGCCAGAAAACAAACCUUCUCUUUACCAGAGGUUUAAGGCAAUGUACAGAGACUACUGGUAUGUACUGCUGCCGGUACAUCUGGUCACAUCAGCUGGCUGGUUCGGAGGAUUUUAUUAUUUGGCCAGCAGUGGAGUCGACAUUGUUGCCCUGCUAGAACAGCUGAAUGUUAGUGACAAGCUAAUCAAUCCUCUACGUAACGGACAUGCAACGACUGGUUACCUCGCAAUAUCAUAUGCUCUCUACAAGAUCGCUACCCCACUCCGGUACACCGUGACUCUGGGUGGUACAACAGUGUCCAUAAACUUUUUGAAGAAGCGAGGAUACAUAAAACCCAUGCCUAGCAAAGAGAAAUUGAAGGAAAUAUAUCAGGAUAAGAAGGAAAUACUGAAAGGAAGAGGACAGUCUCUCAAAGAUAAUAUGAUGCACUCCCUGAAGCCGACAGAAAGUAAGAAGAAGAAUCCCUAGCAGAUUAGAUUAGUUUAUUUUUAUUUGUUUUGUAUAUAGAUACAGACUGCCAUUAUAAGAGUUUAUAUUGAAUGUUAGUUUUUUCAAAUAUAAAAGGACUGUACAGUAUUAUACUUGUAAUCUAAAAGCAUGCU